CAAAAAUAUUGGACCUUCAUCCCUAAUUCGAACGAAAAAACAUUUUAGUCAUCUUCUAUGCCAGUGUGUGUAAAGAUCAGCAGAAAGAAUCACGAACAUGAAGUCAAUUGUUUUGUUUUCCAUUGUUUUAAGCGGCCUGCUUUUGUCCUCAAAUGGUGACAGUUUGGAAUGUUCCCAUUCGAAGCCCAGCAUUCCAGAGGACUGGAUUGACAUGGCCCCCACUUGUACUGAAGUAAUGAAAAAACACAUCCAAGCAGAGUUGAACGCUUCGAUGCAAUAUCUCGCAAUGGCCGCUCAUUUCUCGCAAGAUUCGGUAAACCGACCAGGAUUCGCGAAGAUGUUCUUCCAAUCAGCCAGCGAAGAAAGAGACCACGCCAUCAAAUUGAUCUCCUAUCUCAUAAUGAGAGGAGAGCUAACUCAGGACAUCAGCCAAAUGAUUAAAAAGAACACGGUCGUGACGAAAACCGAAUGGGCCAGUGGCGUGGAAGCGCUGAAACAAGCCCUCGUGAUGGAAGCUAACGUCACCGCGGCAAUCAGAAGAGUCAUCAAGCAAUGCGAAGACUCGGAUGAUAAGCACGAUUCCGCGAAGAAAUUCAACGAUUAUCACUUGGUUGAUUAUCUUACCGCCGAUUUUCUCGAAGAGCAAUAUCGCGGGCAAAAGGAAAUCGCAUCAAGAAUUUCCAAUCUGGAAAAACUCAUGAACAUGCAUGGAGAUCUUGGAGAGUUUCUUUUCGACAAAAAGUUACUUCAAUAAUAAAAUAAAAAAAUAUAAUUUUGCAGUUUGUACAAUAAAAUAAACUUUAAGGUC